UAUUUUUUUGGUUUGAUGAUGUGUGUAAUAGGAUUGCAUUGUAAUAUCCGGGGGCCGGUCCAGAGUGGAGUGGGAGUCUGCUCUCCCUUUCUAGCAGGAAAACGCUGGAGGAGACCCACAGUGCAGCCACACCGCCGCGCACUGCAGAGGAGAGAGCGGGACACAAACACCACCGGGGAAUAUGUCCGCUUUCUCACGCACCGAGGGACGCUCACACCACCGGCGCAGCGCGGUCAAUGCCUCCCCACUGGCCCUGCUUUAGUCCAGCAGACACACAUCGCCGUGUUUACCACUUAUGCUCUGCUGAAAUCUUCCCUGCUGCUUCUGGUCCAUCCCCGUCCCCUCCUCCCCUCUCUCCCUCCUCCUCCUCCUCCUCUCCGCCGUCCCGUCGCCAGGAUGGACAAGACGCUCUGCAGUCCGCAUCCCGUGACCAACAAAGCCAACUCUUCCUCGUCGGACCGCGGGAACUCAUCGACGAGGAAGCCCGGGAGGUGCGGGUCGCACAGCCCCGGCUCCGGCUCGCUGGGCGGCCCGGCCGGAGCAGGAGGCAGCCGGGGAGCUGUGCUGGGGAACAGCAUGAAUUUGCAGCAGCAGCAGCCACGCAAGAGGCAGCUGGAGGGAGUGCUGAGCAAAUACACCAACCUGAUCCAAGGCUGGCAGAACAGGUACUUUGUGUUGGACCCGGAGUUGGGACAGCUGCAGUACUUCGUCAACGAGCAGGGGAAGUGCCAGAAGCCCCGGGGCUCGCUGCCCCUGAUCGGUGCCUCGGUAAUCCCGAGCGACGAGGCUCCGCAUAUGUUUGUCGUAAACUCUGUCAAUGGAGAGCUGUACAAACUCAGAGCCUCAGACGCCAAGGAGCAGCAGUUUUGGAUCAGUCAGCUCCAAGCGUGUGCCAGACGCCAUUCUGACAGCAGUGCCAAGGUGAGGAAGCUGAAGGGCUCAGAUGAACACUUGAGUGUGGAAAGAGCAGGAGGAGGCCAGGAGUUGCUGGGCUCCUCAUCCUCUGGUCGGACCCGUAGCUUCUCCCUCCUCCCCCACCUAACCCCAUCCUCAUCCCCGGGCUCUCAGAGGCACCUGAGCCACGCGGCCUCACCCAGCAACAUCGUCACCAUCACCCACCACAAAUCUCCGGCUGCAGCUCGGCGGGCCAAGAGUCUAUACCCGGGACGGCUGCUGGAGGUCAAAGAGGUGAUGUCCCAAGCAGAGGGCCAACAGAAGAACCUGGUCCAGUCCAUCGACUCUCUGCCCACCAGGGGCCCUCUCUCCUGUCUGGACCAGGACCUGCUGCUGCUAAAAGCCACAUCUGCCGCCACACUCAGCUGCCUGGGAGAGUGCCUGAACAUCCUCCAACAGACCCAGAGCCACAGCCAGGCACCACCUCAGUCCAACGCCUCCCAGUGCAACUACGGCGUCCAUGGAGCCCCCUCCGAUGGUGUUCCUGUGUGGACUGUACCAAAGUCGCCCUCAGGGGAGCAGUUGAAGAACGGAGGUCUGACUCCUCUACGAUCAGCCGAGCCCUCUCCGGCCUUCAGGAAAAGGAGUCUGUCCCAUGGUGCUGAGCGUCACCAAGGGCUGGAAGACAUCAGCCCCAGUGAAGAGGUGACGGAUACAGAGGAUAACGAAGAGGAGGACCUGGGAGUCCUGGACGACCAGCGGAGCAUCAUUCUCCACCUGCUCUCCCAGCUCAAACUGGGCAUGGACCUCACACGGGUGGUGCUGCCGACCUUCAUCCUGGAAAAGCGAUCACUGCUGGAGAUGUACGCCAACUUCAUGGCCCACCCCGACAUGUUCCUGUCAAUCACAGCGGGGGCCACAGCCGAGGACCGGAUAGUCCGCUUUGUUGAGUACUACCUGACAGCGUUCCAUGAGGGGCGGAAAGGUGCCGUGGCCAAGAAGCCGUACAACCCGGUGCUGGGGGAGACCUUCCACUGUUCCUGGGAAGUGCCUCGGGACAAAGUCAAACCUUUGGUCAGGUCGAACCAGGGGUCCUCCUGGGAGCCGAGCAGGGGCCCCAACAACACGCAGCAGGGCGAGGACUCAGCGGGAGACUGCUACAGAGUGAGAUUUGUGGCCGAGCAGGUGUCCCAUCAUCCACCUGUGUCUGGGUUUUACUGUGAGUGCCGGGAGAAGAGCAUGUGCGUUAACGCCCACGUAUGGACCAAGAGCAAGUUCAUGGGAAUGUCUAUAGGCGUGUCCAUGGUGGGGGAAGGGGUCCUUUGUCUCUUGGAGCACGACGAGGAGUACGUCUUCACGUUGCCCUGUGCCUACGCCCGCUCCAUCCUCACCGUGCCCUGGGUGGAGCUGGGGGGCAAAAUCUCAAUCAACUGUGUCAAGAGCGGCUACUCUGCCACCGUCACGUUUCACACCAAGCCUUUCUACGGAGGGAAGGUCCACAGAGUGACGGCAGAGGUCAAGCACAAUCCAACCAACACCAUCGUGUGCAAAGCGCAGGGCGAGUGGAACGGCACGCUAGAGUUCACCUACAGCAGCGGGGAAACCAAAGUGAUCGACACGGCCAAACUCCCGGUCACCAGGAAGAAGCUGCGGCCUGUGGACAAACAGGGGAGGACAGAAUCAAGGCGGUUAUGGCAGCAUGUCACCAAGUCGCUGAAGGAGGGGAACAUUGACGAGGCCACGGAGCACAAACACCGUCUGGAGGAGCGACAGAGAGGAGAGGAGAAGCAGAGAUCGGCUGAUAACAAACCCUGGAUGCCAAAAUACUUCACGAAAGAGGGAGAAGGUUGGAUCUACAACAGCCCACUGUGGAAGUCGACCUGACAGCAGAGAGACUCUCUUCUGAUGGACAGUAACAGAUCCCUGCUCUCCACGCUGAGGUCAGAGGUCAGGGUGUCGAGUCCUCCGGAGACCUUCAGACGUCCAGCUACAGACUCACAGAGAGACACUGUGGAGACACAGACAGGAAACAAGCAAGGUGCCAAAGCGACCUCCACUGUCGGCUGGAGCUGUUGGGACAAAAGUACAUUUUUAUAAACAGUUAAUAGUAUUACUAUUCAAAGUAGAGUAUUUCUAUUUUUCACCUUGCCAAGGCCUUUUUUGCACACGCACAGUAAUGAAGUUUGCCACUGGUGUUUUACUUUUUUCUCAGACAUUGUCAAUGUUUGGUUCCAAGCUUUUAGUUUGUAAUGCAGCGUUAGAAUGAACGGAUUCCCUGUCACACAUAAUACUGUAGCUGUAAAUGAGUUGUUUAUAUAAAGCACUUUUACCAUAGAAAUAAAUUUAAUAUUUUAUAUUUAUGGCUUUUACCAAUCAGGGUGGUCUCUAAGAGCUUUACGGGAAGUAAGAACACCUGACCAGAUUUAAAGAGAUAUAAACUAUGUGUUAGUAUAUAUUAUUAUUAUACAGUGAGCUUCUAGAAAGUAAAGAUGAUUGUUUUGUUUUGUCUGCACUCUGAAUGUAUCUGGGCACAUUUUAUUAGUACGCUACUCUCCCAUCUUGUGCUGUUACACAUGCUUUUUGUGUUUUACCUUUUAAUUUUGCUCCAUUUGAAGUAUAUCACACAUUGAGUGCGACGCCUCUGCAGAAGUUUUCCAUUACUACCUCUCUUCUUAUUCAGCUUUCCAGCCAUUAGUCAGCCCCCCCCCCCAAAAAAAACAAAAAACAAAAACAAAACACUGGUUUGUUUGUGACAAAAUGUUCCUCGCUCCUCUAAUCUUUUUUAUAUCUUCACCUCUAAGAUGGCACUUGUGUAAUUAGGCAGCCCGAGACUCCUGAAGUUAAUACUUCUCCUUAGGUUGCCCGUGAUGAUGAAUAUGGAUGAGGAGGCUCGCAGAAACACACAACCAGGUUCUCGCAGCUGGGGUUCACUGAGAGGUUGCCUCAGUGAAGAUGAAAGGAAGGUCUAGCAGUUUAACAAUCAUUUGGAACUGGCAGGUAUAUAACUGCAGGACUCAUGUUUUCUCUUUUUACAAACUGUGGUCAGUUUUCAAACUGAACGGUGUUUCUAAAAAAAAAAACUAAAGCAGACAUUAACCCUUGUGCAUCACUAGGGGCAUUAUUGGAUUUUUAAUGUUUUGAUUUUGGCUGUGCAUAUGGCAAUUGAUGUCUCCCACAUUUUUUACUUCAGCUGCUAUAAAUCUAUAAUAAACUGUGUAGCCAAAAUCCAGUCACUCAACCACUUUAAGACAAAAAUGUUCCCAUCCAAACCCAUUAAAACCACAAUUUUGGACCCAUAAAAGCAUUAAAAUAAAGCAUUAUGUCAGCUUUCAAUCUUAAAAUUGAAGUUUUUACUAUUUUCUACCAGAUCGAAACAUUUUCUCAUGUUUGUCCUAUGGGUCAAAUACAUACAUUUUUCUUGUUGUCCAAGAGAGUUAUUGCUGAUGUAUUUAAUGUUGUUGCCAAACAUUCUCACACAGUGAAGAAAUAAAAAUCCCUUGGCUAAACUGUUUAAGGUUUUAAAUUCUAAAAGUUGUAUCAUGUAGAUAAAUUGGUAUUUAAAGGGAUAAAAUUCAGGUAAAAAUGUAAAAGUUUAACUCUGAAAGGUGAGAAUAUGAUGAAUAUAUAUUUUAUGUUUAUUUUAAGCCCUCUUAGCAUUUUUAAAGGGACGCACAAGGGUUAAAAUAUUAGCAUUUUUAACAGUAUAUCCACUUCAUGUUCAAAAUUAUUUCUAAUUUCUUAGUCAUGACACCCACUGCUUUUUCUUUUGGUUGUUCAUUCACUGAACUUUCCAGAUUAUAUUUUCCAGCCAGGUGAGUUUACCAGACGCCUAUUUGUAGCUGAUGUCGUGACAUUUACUUGACAGUUCAGAAAACUAACCAUGUUCUGUUCAAAGACAUUCGCCUUACAUAAAACUUAUUUUUCAUAUCCAGAAGGAUCCAGACUCUGACAUAGAGAGUGAUUAUGAAUGAAGGAGGGAUUGUCCAUUAAUAAAAACCUUCUACCUUUUUUUAAACCAAA